CUAGACCAGCGUUUACCCCUUUUUAAGCAUGAGGCACACCUUGGAAAAGAGUUUUUCUUGGGGAGGGGGCCCGCCUAAGGUAUACUGUACUGUAGGUAUACUGCCCCAUGUUGGUGGGACCUGCCUUAUAACACGUGCUCCUCCAUGGACGGUAAACCAGAAAACACACGGGAGACGGGAAGGUGGAGCGGAGAAAAUUAGCCCUGAAGAUGAUUUAUUCUCAACCUAGUUAUGUUCGUGAUACCUUGGAAAUAGAUCAACAAGUUCUACGAGAUUUAUUGGACCUACUCUCAGAUAAUGAUACGUCACAAGAGGCCAAACGACAAAUGGAAAAUACUGCAUACUAUUUGGAAUUGCCAUCGGACCCCACAGCAUUCUUUAAGUCUUUGAGUUACUUCUGGAUUCGGCCCGACGGUAUGGAAUCAUUACUGAGAAGGAACAUCGCUAUAUGUUUGUGCCUACGCCUGUCGUGCCAACCUAUUAUAUGCUACCUAAGAUGCACAAGAGUAUGACCAACCCCCCAGCCACUGGUGUUGGACUUGGCAUCACAUCUGAGAGAUUCCAUGCACCUAAUGGAACGUUUGGAAGAUACAUCAUUACCGGAGGAAUUCUUAUUGGUAACCUGUGAUGUGGAGUUUUUGUACUCAAACAUCAGACAUGAAGAUGGCAUCAGAGCAGUUACAGAGAUUCUUAACACACAAGGUUCAUGGGCACAAUGUCAAGAAUUUAUUGAACACCUGAACGAAAACAACUUGCAGAUUCGUUUGACAUCGCAAAUCUCGGAUAUAAUGGUGGACUUUUUAGAUCUAAAGUUAAUUCGGAAUGGGAAUCAAAUCACAACCUCUCUGCAUCGUAAAGAGACAGCAACAAAUAAUGUGUUACAUUUUGGAAGUUUUCAUCCGGGACAUACCCGUAGAGGGAUACCCAUGGGUCAAUUUUUAAGGUUGAGACACAAUUGUUCGCAAAUGGAGGAUUUUAAAAAACAUGCAAGAGAUCUAAUGGAGCGCCUAAGAGUGAGAGGUUACCCUAAAAAGGUUAUUUCAAAAGCUUUCCAAAAAGCGUUGCAUUCUGAGAGAAAUGAUUUGUUGAAACCAAGAACACGAUUGGAGGAUACAUCUUUACGUCUUAUCACACCGUACAAUAACCAGUGGAAUCAGAUACGACAAUUGUUAUACCAACAUUGGACCAUUUUGAAAUCGGAUUCGAAGUUAAAUUCUCUAAUACCAUCUACUCCAUUGUUGACGGCAAAACGGUCUCGGAACCUAAAGGAUAUCUUGACUCAGAGCCACUUCACUAGACCGAGAGGAAAGAGGAACAAAAGGCUGGAAUACAUUGGUUCAUUCCCAUGUGGUGAGUGCUCUAUAUGCCAGUAUAUGGAACCUACAUGGGAUUUUGUGGAUCUAAGAGAGGGCACUCGACUACAUCUUAAACAAUAUAUUAAUUGUAAAUCUAGGAAUGUUGUUUACGCCAUCUUAUGCCCCUGCAAUCAGGUCUAUGUGGGCCAGACGACACAGGAAUUGAGGAAACGAAUCCAGAAACAUCUUUCUACAAUCUCCUUAGCUGACAGAGAUUUUAGAAGUGAAAAAACUCUGACAUCGGUGGCAGCCCAUUAUAGGAGAUAUCAUGCAGUUUCUGACCUUAAUUGGACCAUUGAGGGAUUAUUUGUCAAGUGAUUGCCAUACAAGGGGGAUAUAUCAACAUCGUUAGAAAUAUGAUCCGAGGCUUUGGCUCAGUACCAUCUCUUAGUCUAGAAAUAUAUGGAGACCCUCUCUAUGGGCCCGUGUCAAGCACUGGCUCUACUGGACUAUGUAUGGCCACCAAAAAACACUAAACACUUUCGUAUCGGAAACCGGACUUGCACCGAUCAGCUCUAAUGUAUAACAAGACAACCCCCUGUAAAGCGUUACUGUCUUUUCGAUAAACUUCUAUUGAUUUGGUUCGAUUAAAGCUAAUGUGAUCCCUACCAUAUUUGUAAAUCACUUUUAUUUUCCAAAAAUGACCCCACCCACUAGGCAUCCUCCUUCCCUGCAAUCUGCUAUCCACUG